UGACGCCGAAUCUCCGAAGAAGUAAACAUUUAGUUUAGAAAAUUUGAUAAAUUUUUAGUAUGUUUGAGCGUUACUUAGCCGCAUUGCAGUACCCUCGUGUCGGACAGCUGAAUAUCGAUGAUCCGAAGGACUUCAGGGGAUUUGUAGCAUGGUUGGAAGAUCAGAAAAUUCGCUUUUAUCCUAUCGAAGAACGUGCUCCUCUGCGAAAAACGAGUGCAUUGGAUGAAUGGAAUGCCGCCUUUGAGAAGUACAAGAAAGACAUAAAGCUUCCUGGUAACCUGAAAUCUAAGCCGGAACAGAUUACGUGGUUGUUACUUUACGCCAUCAAACUCGAAUACACCGAUAACGCGGACCAGUAUAGACCAAUUACCGGAGCUAAGAAAAAAGAAGAAGAGGCUAAAAAGUCCAAUGCACCCAAAGUGCAUUCUACUAAUCCAUUUGAUUCCUACGAUUUCACCAACCCGGAAUUCGAAGAAGGAUCAUGGAAACUUGCAGAACGUCUGGGGAUUGCACACCAUCCUGACCAUCUUGUUGCCCUUCGGGCGGCAUCACGAGUGAUUAGCACAGCGUACGAUAAGGAAGCCCUCAAAGAACCUGUUGUGACCGGUCAGCCGUUUCCCGUCGACGAAGGCAAAGCAAUGGGUUUCGAUAAAGAUGAUGAUCUGGAGAGAUGUGCGAAAAUUUUACGACUCCUGCAAAUACAGAGCAUCCGUGAGCUCCAGACAAGCAUUAACGAAACUAUUGUCGCGGCACAAAACAUUACCGCCGACCCACGGACUGAUACAAGUUUAGGGAAAGUCGGUUUGAAAUAAGAUCGUUCAAUGUGCAUCUAAUCGGGGACAUUUUUAUUUUACCAAUAAACUCAAUACUUCCUAAGCUAUAAAGUUCAA